CAGACAGGCUGACGUCUCUUGACAAUUCGUGAGCAUGUAGUACUGACGCAGGCGAGCUGAGCCAAUCAUUUACUGGUAAGCGGUACAAAACUUGUGACUAUAAUGGUGUUGGACUUGGAAGAUUACUGCUGAGCAAUUUGGGAAAGGCAGCAGAUCAGUGAAGAAGGUUUUCUGCGCGCCUUUUCCUGACACAAACAUGUCUUCAUUUGUGACGGAAAUACUUGCCAACUCUGGCAAGCUUGAGAAGGAGGACUUAAGCACAAAGAUUGGCAAGCUGUCUCAACGGGUGGAUGAAAUCAAGGAUGAAGUUUGUGAAAUGAUCAACAAAAAAUAUGAAGAAUUUCUUCCAACUUUGAAUACUGCAGAAGAACUGGUUGUACAAGUUCAUGGCCUGACGGAGGAAAUUGAUCUCCUGAAAUCAAGAGUUGAGACUGAGGUGCAACGUGAUGUCCGGACUGCCAUUACAGAGUUUUCAGAGUUAAAACGACAACUGGAAAGAAACACUAUCCUUCUUAGAGUCCUAAAACAACUUCAAGUGUUUGAUAGUGGUGUUGAGAAAUUUCAAAAUGCAUUUCAAGCAAAAGACUAUGUAGAAGCAGCUCGGCAUAUCGAAAAGGCUGAGAAGAGCUUGAAAGUCCUGAGAUCCAGACAGGACUUUGAACCAAAGAUCUUGAAAUCCUUGCAUACAGAACUAGUUGUGCAGAAGCAAAACAUCAUUUACCACCUGGGACAAGAAUGGGAGAAACUGGUUGUAUGGAAACUUUCUGGUCAGAAAGAAACUGCAAACUUGGAUGUUGAAACUGUGUUGAAAACUGAACUUCACUUAUGCACUGCUGUUCCAAAGGGAGAAGAAACUGGCAGCCUUAUAGCCUCUGUUCUUGAGGCUUUUACCAUUCUUGGACAACUAAAUACAAGACUCCGAUUCUUCAGUCACUUACUUUUAAAAUAUAUUUUGAAGCCUUUAAUUUUGUACCCUGUCCUCCAUCUCAACAUUAUGGAAGACCAGGAAACACAAACGUCUGUCCUACAAUUUGAAAAAAUGUUGUCAUCACAAGAGCAUCCAUCGCCUCCAGAAGUUUACAUCAAAGUCAUGACUGUCUUGGAGCACUUGCAUAAACACCUUUUUGAUGUACCCUUCAGUGACUCUGAAGUAGAAGACAGAAAACCAAAGGUGGCCCUGACAGAAGCGCUGGGAGAUAUGAUUUGGGAAGAGCUGUCUGACUGUAUCAUCCGAGACUGCCUAGUUUACUCCAUUCCCACAAACAGCAACCAGCUGGAAAAGUAUGAAGUGGUAAUCAAGGCCACAGAAGACUUUGAGAAAGCCCUCAAAAAUAUUCACUUCUUGAAAAAUGAUGCUACAGCAUUGUUGAAGUAUGCCCGAAAUGUUAAUACCCACUUUGCAAGCAAGAAGUGUCAGGACGUGGUUGUGGCUGCAAGGAACCUAAUGACAUCAGAAAUGCACAACACAGUUAAGAUAACACCAGAAUCAAAGAUAACAUUGCCAAAAAUGUCCACUCCAAGUUCAGGUGAUAAACUUAAAGCUGCCAAAGUUGCACAGAUCCAGUGUGCAGAGACGGGGUCUCUCGAAAAUGAAAAACAAGUUAGCCAGUACACCUUCUCUAUGCCAGCCUGUCGCAUUAGUGAAACUGUACACAAACUGAUGGAAUUAGCAUAUCAGACUCUCUCAGAGGCCACAAGCAGCAAUACUCAAUGUGCUGUGCAGCUUUUCUAUACAACAAGAAACAUUUUCCACUUGUUUUAUGAUGUAGUUCCAACGUAUCACAAGGAGAACUUGCAGAAAUUGCCUCAGCUGACUGCUAUCCACCACAAUAACUGUAUGUAUAUUGCUCAUCAUCUUCUAACACUUGGGCACCAAUUCAGAUACAAACUACCUCCUCCACUUUGUGAUGGUGCAGCUACGUUUGUUGACCUAGUGCAAAGCUUUCGUAGGCUUGGAACAGAAUGUUUUUUGGCUCAGAUGCGUACCCAAAAAGCUGAGCUGCUGGAGAGAUUAUCAAGUGUGAAAAAUUUUUCAAACCUGGAUGAAGAAGAUAAUUACAUGGUUGCAAAUAAAGCUGUGAGACAGGUAAUUCAUCAUCUGAAGAGAUUAGGUAAAGUCUGGCAAGAUGUCCUUCCUGUUACAAUAUACUGUAAAGCGAUGGGAACACUACUGAACACUACAAUUAUGGAAAUUGCCAAUAGAGUCACAGCACUAGAGGAUAUUUCUACGGAAGACGGUGACCGGAUUUAUUCUCUCUGCAAAAUUAUGGUAGAGGAAGGACCACAAAUCUUUACUCCACUGGCUGAAGAGAACAAAAAUAAGACAUACCAGGAGGAGGUUCCACUGUACGUACCAAAGUGGAUGAAAUUUAAAGAGCUAAUGAUUGUACUACAAGCCAGUUUACAAGAGUUAGUGGACAGGUGGGCAGAUGGCAAAGGGCCACUUGCAACUGAAUUUUCAUCCACUGAAAUCAAGAGUUUAAUACGAGCUUUAUUCCAGAAUACUGAGAGGAGAGCUGCUGCGCUUAACAGAAUUAAGUAAAUUUUGAAACUGUAUUGAAAGAAGAUUUUUUUUCUUUGUGUAAAUUCCAUUAAAUCUUAUAUAUUUAGUAA